UGCGAACCAUUCUUGUAGUCUUGUACACGCUACAAACCAAUAUAUAGUACAUAAAUCCGAGAUUUCCUUGUAGAAACCUGUGCUUAAUUGCAUGAGCGUCAAGGAACAAUCCCCGGUUAUUAAGGAUAUUGUUGUUUCUUCUCAUUAAACUAUUGUUAUAUAUUGCUUUCCGAGUUUCGUGAAUUCUGUUUGUUUCGCUUCUCUCUGAAUUUUUUUGAUUCCUUUAACGAAACCCAACCUUAUUUCAUGGAGGUUCAAAGCACUAGAUUUUGAAGUUUGUUCGGAAGGAAGUUAUGGCCGUCUGGGUUUGUUUAGUGGGCAUGGAACCUUUGAGAUUGAAAGGAAUCACUGGAGUCACUGAAGUUUUGAUGCGAUAGAUCGAUUGAUCAUACAAGAAGUAGCCCAAGGAAGAGACAGUUCCUGAUUCGAUUGUAAUAUUUGGAUACAAAUUUAAGAAAUGAAUAGUGGGUUUUAUUCUGGUUGGAAGCAUGGUUCUUUGCUGGAUUAUUUGGAGGAAGACCAACAGCUGAAACCGGUGGUAUCGCUUCCAGCAAUCCCUCAACCACAAACCCCAAAAGAGCCUAUGGAGUUCUUAUCUAGAUCUUGGAGUCUUUCCGCUUCAGAAAUUUCAAAAGCUCUGGCUCAGAAACAGAGACAAUUUUUCACUGACAUCCAACCCAGUAUGUUCUCAGCAGAUACAGUUGCAGCACCACAGUUAACAAGGAAGAUAAUAAAUUCGUUAAAUUCAAGAAAGACAGGAUCAAUAGGAAAGUGGUUCCACCACAAGGAGCUUAGCAGCAGCACAGUGAAGAAGAAAGAUAAGGCACGCAUGGAAAAUGCGCGUAUGCAUUCUGCUAUAUCAGUUGCUGGACUAGCUGCAGCCUUGGCUGCUGUGGCAGCCGAAGGAAACUCUAGUGACUCUGGAUCUAAAAUGAGUAUGGCUUUGGCCUCAGCUACAGAACUCUUGGCAUCACAUUGCAUAGAAUUAGCAGAAUCAGCCGGAGCGGAUCAUGAUCGUGUGGCUUCUGUUGUGAGAUCAGCUGUAGACAUUCAGAGUCCAGGUGAUCUAAUGACCCUUACUGCAGCAGCUGCAACAGCUUUGAGGGGAGAAGCAGCACUAAAAGCAAGGUUGCCGAAAGAAGCAAGAAAAAAUGCAUCUAUAAGUCCUUACGAGAGAGGAAUGGCAGAAACUCAUUGGGGUUCUGCUAACAUUGGUGAAGUAGAAGAACUGGCUCCCUGCGUCGGUGAAGUAUUGCAACACACAAGAAAAGGAGUGUUGCGAUGGAAACACAUUUCAGUCUACAUCAACAAGAAAUUACAGGUCAUAAUUAAGAUCAAAAGCAAACACGUUGGAGGAGCCUUCUCCAAGAAACACAAAUGCGUUGUUUAUGGGGUCUGCGAUGAGACUACAGCAUGGCCAUAUAGAAAAGAAAGGGAAAGUUCUGAAGAAGUAUAUUUUGGCCUUAAAACUGCGCAGGGUCUUCUAGAGUUCAAGUGCAAGAGCAAGAUCCAUAAGCAAAGAUGGGUUGAUCGGAUUCAAAAUCUUCUUCAUCAAGUCAACUGUGUUGAAGAAACUGAACGUUCUCUGGAAUUUCUAAGCUUAAGCAAUAGCGUAUAGCGUGAUUCAUUUUUUUCCAAGACCGGGAAAAGGGACACAUUAACGUUUACUAAGGAUCUAUAAUAUGUCAACACGGUCUACAUAUGAAAAUUUUCUUCCCCUUUACACAUAUAAUAUAAGGAAUUAAACCCAAUAUUUGAUCU